UCAACGUGCAAGUAACAAUGUUGGCUCAUAGGACAAGACACAGGACAUCGAUUUGGAAGGAGUAUACUUAUCCCAUGCUCAGCAAAAACCAAAACCUGCAGAAAGUCCCAACUGUUCAAGCAAUUAAGAUAACAAGGCGUAGAGCUGGAUGAACACAGCGGGCCAAGCAGCAUCAGAAGAGCAGGAAAGCUGACGUUUCGGGUCGAGACCCUUCUUCAUUUCUGAUAACAUUCUUCAUUUCUGAAGAAGGGUCCAGACCCGAAACGUCAGCUUUCCGGCUCCUCUGAUACUACUUGGCCCGCUGUGUUCAUCCAGCUGUGCACCUUGUUAUCUCAGAUUCUCCAGUAUCCGGCAGUGCCUACUAUUUCUGUUCAAGCAAUUAGCAAGGUCUCGCAAGAUAAACUUUAAAUGAGGGAAAAAUGAACAUCGGGGCGGUUGACCCCUCUAGGUGAAGAAAAGUGACGUUCACAGAAGGGAAGCGGCUGAUUGGUGAGCAUUUAGUUUAAAACUUGAACUUACAGCAGUUCGCGUUCAGUUUGCGUUCUUCUUGACGCUGGAGCAGGAUGGAUUAUCGAACCGACCAAGUGUCCCUGAACCCAAGCAGUUACCCGAACCAGGGAAUGAAUACCCAGGCGGUGACCACCACUGUCGUUAACGUGGUCCCGAAUGUGACCUCGGUCCGGGACCACUUCCUUUGGUCCAUCUUCAACUUCGCCUUCAUGAACUUCUGCUGCCUAGGCUUCGUCGCGAUGGUCUUCUCGGUCAAAUCCAGAGAUCGGAAGGUUGUGGGAGACGUGGAAGGAGCUCGGCAUUAUGGGUCAACAGCCCGAACACUCAACAUUGUAACAACAGUGCUGAGCGUCCUUGUUUUCAUCAUUUGCAUUGCGAUGCUACUUGCUGGCACGUUUCAUGCAGCGCGAACAGUGCACAAUUUGAAAAACUCUGAUGGUUGGAAUUGAAGUAAUACUGGCAUUUCCAAUGGCAGAAGCUGUUUCCUUAUGGAAUUAUUUUCAACAUUUCCUAUACUCAUAUUCUACCGUCGCUAGUUUCUUUCUAUAAUGUUUAUCUGUCGCUGACAUUCUUCGAUGCGAUCACCUUACAGUAAUACAGAUUAUUCUUGUAAAAUUUGGCCAAAAUGUGGCCUUCAUUGUAUUAAUAAAGCAAUUUAUAAAA